AAAUUGUACUACACAUAUCGGGACUAUUUGAUCCAUUAUCCAUGACUUAGUGUGUAUAGAGCCAUAACGAAAAUGUCAACACUCAAGGCUGCGCGCGCUGAUAACUUCUAUUACGCUCCUGAUGGAGCUGACUGGGCAGAACAACGUAGACGUAUGCGCAAAACACCGAAAAAAGCAAGAAACUACUUUAAAAGCGCAAGCGUGAAGUACGUCGAUAGUGAGCCUAAUGACGCAUUGGAGCCGUUCCAGCGAGGAGCUGGAAGAGGUGCUGUUAUACGCUUUGAAAUGCCAUUCAAAGUCAUAUGCCUCAAGUGUGAGUGCUAUAUAGCAAAAGGAGUUCGAUUCGACGCGGAAAGGAAAGCGAUUGGGAAAUACUUCUCAACAACAAUCUACGCCUUUUUAAUGUCAUGCCACCAGUGCCAUAACCCUAUAGUUAUACAGACGGAUCCCGAAAAUACAACCUAUCUCUGCAAGACCGGAGUAAGGAUCAAGGUAGAGAGUUUUGACGUAGCGGAUGCCAAUACUUUGGAACUAGGCCAUAGCCAUGAUACGAAGCAACAGUUGCUAUCUAACCCAUUAUAUAAACUAGAAUGCAUGGCUUUGGAAGCAGCAUCUGGAGUCAGUGACCCAGUGGAAUCGAAGCCUGCUACCACGAGAAAUGCGAUAGCUAGAUAUAAAGGUCCAACCCAGAUACAGGAAAGUGGUACCCCAAAGUUGAAUCCUGAUACAUGUGAUAAGACUGUAAUUGACGACAAGUUGGAUGAACUUCUAGCUAUCAAUGAAAUAAAUAAUGCAGAUUGGUACCUGUCAAAUGCAGCUCUACGGCGGAAAUUCCGUAAUGAAAAGAAACAACUGAAAACCAACCCUAAUGUAAUGGUCGACCUUCUACCGGAAAAUGAACGUGAUGUCCAGGAAGCCAAAAGAGUCACCUUCCUAUCGCAGUCCAAAAAGAUUAAAGCACACUUUAAAAGUAUAUUGAAGAAGGAUACAGGCAUAUUCUCACGUACCUGUGGGUCCUCAAGCGGAAGAGGAUCUACCAUAGAAGAUAAAAAACGAAGACUGCAAUUCAUUAAACAUAUUGAUACAAGAUUGAAGCACCGGGUAUAACAUGGAAGGUACGUAGAUAACAUCAGGGUGAAAUACCUUGAAUCAGUACUAAAUAAACAUACUU